GUUCGUCAGCUGUUGGGCCCCCGUUCUGCCUCCAUCGCACCCAAACUCCCACUCCCAACCCAAAAUCAGAUAAGCAAAGCAGCGCGACCUCGCGAGCAACAUGAUGUCCCCGACGACUACCGCUACGGCUACGGCCACGGCCGCCGCCUUCCUCUCCGCGGCUCCUGCCUCCUCGUCCUCCACCCACCGCCGGCGUAGCCGUCUCCCUGCUAUCUCCGCCUCCCUCCCGUCCGAAGAACCGCUGCUCAUACGUGCGGCGAGGGGCGAGGACGGGCUGCCCAGGCCGCCGGCGUGGAUGAUGCGGCAGGCUGGGCGGUACAUGGCGUCGUACCAGGCGCUGUCCAAGCGCCACCCUUCGUUCCGGGAGCGGUCGGAGACCACCGACCUCAUCGUCGAAAUCACGCUACAGCCCUGGCACGCCUUCGCACCCGACGGCGUCAUCCUAUUCUCGGACAUACUCACGCCGCUGCCGGCCAUCGGGGUGCCGUUUGAUAUCUCGGAAUCCAAGGGGCCGGUGAUCCAGUCGCCUGUGCGGACGGAGGAACAGGUCAGGGAGCUCGUUCCCAUAGAUCUCGAUAAGCUCCAGUUCGUUGGGGAGUCGCUCAAGAUUCUGCGCAGCGAGAUUGAUGGAAAAGCUGCUUUGCUAGGAUUCGUGGGGGCCCCAUGGACAAUUGCAACUUAUGUUGUUGAAGGAGGGAUGACCAACACUUACACAAAUAUAAAGCGCAUGUGCCACACAGCACCAAAUGUCUUGAGGGGCCUUCUCUCUCACCUCGCAGAAGCUAUAUCUGACUAUAUCAUUUACCAAGUAAACUCUGGUGCUCAGUGUAUACAGAUAUUUGAUUCUUGGGGUGGGCAACUUCCACCUCAUGUGUGGGAGCAAUGGUCAAAACCAUACAUCAGACAGAUUGUGGCUAAGAUUAAGACAGAAUGCCCUCACAUACCACUCGUACUGUAUAUAAAUGGAAAUGGAGGCUUGCUUGAGCGCAUGAAGGACAUAGGAGUUGAUGUUAUUGGGCUUGACUGGACAGUGGAUAUGGCAGAUGGAAGGAGGCGCAUUGGUGAUGGAAUUAGUGUACAAGGGAAUGUGGACCCAGCAUAUCUAUUUUCACCAUUACCAGUAUUGACUGAUGAAAUCCAUAGGGUUGUGAAAUCAGCUGGCCCGAAAGGUCAUAUACUUAACUUGGGCCAUGGUGUUCUUCAGCAAACACCAGAAGAAGCCGUAGCACAUUUCUUUGAUGUCACAAGGAGCUUGAGAUAUGACACCCUUUUCCAGGGUCAACUUACUGAAGAAUUGCAACCUGUUGCUUGAUGGUGGCCGGCAGCAUUGCGAUAUUUUUUGGCCUUACUGUUCUCAGCUCAACACCUUCUACAUAUUAGAGUUCAUUCCCUUUUGCUGGAGCUGUUCCUUGUAGAGACACCAUGGCCAAAUCAACUCAAUUUUGUUCAUUAUGCAUCUGUGUAUUUCAGUCAUUCAUGUACUUGGCAAAGAAAAGGCGUGCCUCCUGCUUUUAGAAGGGAGCUGGAGUUUAUUCAAGUGGGUUGUUCAACCCUUUCUGUUUUAGUUCCUUGCAUUGGUUAUCAUUCCAGUUUAGAACGAACAUGUUGCAGGUAUUGCAGACUUAUACUUUGUCUUCCUCUGCCUAUGCUAAUGAGCAAUUGAGUAUCAUGUUUUAGGUGCCA